ACUGAAAUACGAUAAUUAGAAGAGUAUUCUUCAUGUGCUCUUGAUAACAACCGGUUCUAUUGUUUUCAUAUAAUUAUCCAGCUGAAAUGAUAACGAAAAAUUCUUAACAAAGUUUUAUGAUGAGACGAAUCGAAACACGUUUAAAUGAAUACUUGAUUAAGUCUGGGCCAAUAUAACAGGAAAGAAAAUACAAGAUAUCGUAUAAAAAUGCUUGAAUUUUACCAAGUUGAAUUGUUGAGUAAGGGUGAUAAAGGUUGUCAAAUUUGGAAAUUUUUUUCAGCGAGUGACAAAGAAAAAUUUGUUUGAACUAGCCCUCCAAAAAAAAAAAAACAUUCACGCCGUUUGAGGAUUAGCGAGUUUUCGAAUCGCAACCCGAGGCGAUAUCUGAAUCAUAGUCAGUCUUCCGCGCGAGCUAAACAAAAACUUUGAAGCUAUCACUAUACUCUACAGAAAGCAUUUGAUAACUACAGUAUUUACAGCACGAGUUAUUUUGACUUCAUUAACAUGUUUAUAUUCGUGCCUUUCCAAUUUAUUAUUUAUUUAUAGCUUUCGGUUCGCUAUACAAGGGAAAAUCUAUAAGGAAUCGAGCUCUUUGUCCCAACGGUUAGGAAUUCAUUAAGUGCAUCAAACUUUGAAAUUCUCUUCUGUUGUACUCCGUUUUACAAAGCAACGUACCCUCGUUUUAUUGUCUCCUGGAGUUUUUUGGCAUGGAGUUUGUCCGUCCUCGUUACAAAACGGGGUGAAACGGCGCUGCUAUUGAAGGUAAAGAGCCAGAAUUUUAGUUAUAUUUCGUCUUAUUUAUCCGCAUUCAUGGUCGACAAUUAGACGAUAGUGGCUACUUUUGCAUAAUUAUUAGUUUUCUUGUCAAAUAGAAGCUUUGUUUUUGCCAUAGUCUAACUUUUUGCCAAACUGUCGAGUUUGAGCUGCAACAGGGACAAUAUUUUAUAAUCAGUUCCGGACUUUUGUCGCCUAUGUUCACGAACGUUUGGGUAAACAUUAUAGUACCCCUCGCUGAGCGUUUGUUUCGGUAUAAAUUAAGCUUAAAAAAGUUUAAUUUAUCACGUUAUUGAGUUUUGUAAAAUUGCGAACAUCGUCUCAUACGCUUUUCAAGUGCUAAAAAUCCGUUAAUCUUGAGACAAAAAAAUCUUCCACAUUGCACAUCGCUUUUUGCAAUGCAGUGUAAAACGGAAGAUUAUAAAGCUUUUAAAGCGUAACAAUUGGGAUAUUUGUAUAGACAACUUGUCUGAGUUAUCGUAAGAAACCCCACUAUUACCAUUUGUUAUACAUAGCAACCGCAGGCUGCCCGCCAUUAUUAGCUUUAAUUUUCAACGACAGAGCACCGUCGCGUUUACGACAGUUUUGGCGGGUGUUUUAAUUUCAGCCGAAUCAUACAGUUGUUGCCGCUUUUUAAUUUCUGUCUCUGCCCGCGGGCUGCAUUGACGGAAGAAUUUAAUUAAGAGUGAUAUUGCGUACACAAUGCAACCACGCAACAUUGUUUCCCGAAAAGUCAACACCGAUCACUUAUAAUGUGGCGAGCCAGGCGACGCGUUAUUAGGAGUCUGGGCGCUAACCGUUUUGCUUCCCACGGAUAUCGCAUAUAGCAUGUACAAGGAAGCUUUUGUUUUGGUCUACGGAUAUUGUUAAGCCUCCGACGAGUAGGCUCAAAGAUCCGCGACCUCCUGUUUUCCGCCCCCGAGUCCGGAAGUUUUUACUCGGAGAUGGUGCCCUAAAGUUGAUCUUUUUCUUUCACUCGCUAACGCCUCAAUUUCGAGAGAAGCAAGUUUCCCUCAAUGUAGCUAGUGCAAGUGUGGCAGUUUGUCUCAACUACGUUUCGUGCCUUGCUACAUCGCCGUAAAAGUACCAAGCUUCCUGUUCCUCAACCGCUGGUCAAAGGGGAAGCAAGCCCUGGGAAUGCGCAAGUGUAGACCAACGAGCCUCCGAACGAGGCGAAAACUUGGGCAUGCGCACAAGUCUUCCAAAAGUAUUAAGCUCGGGCUUUACAAAGACGCGACGUUGUUUGCAUAUUUCACUACUCUAAGUAAAUAAAUAGAGUAAUUUCCAUAGAUAAUCUCAAUGUCGCUGACAAAUAUUAUUGAGGCGCGUUAUUUCGAAUCGCCGGACAUAAAACACAAUGCAGAGAGUUAAAUUGAGAUUUGAAGAUUCUUUUUUUUCUCUCUGACUGAUUGGCUUCAAAAAAGUGUUUGUUUUCUUUUUCUUUUGUAAAACUGCGAGCAAGAUGUGUACUUAUUGGUAAAAGGCGCUGAAUUCUAAGCAGGUGUUAUUUGGACGAUGUUCGUCACGUAUCGAAAGCUAUUCAUUCGGCAUUCGUGUCAGAUUUGAAUGAGUUUGAUAAGAAAGAAAUUCAAAAGUGGUGUUUCAUACAAAGGGUUUCUUUCUUCCAACGAUUCACAAUUUAUUGCUGUACUCUAAACAAAUUCUGAAAUAUUUAAAACGCAUUUUGAAAUUCAAACAAUUCCGGCUUUAAAAUUAGUAAGUGUCAAUCACUUUUCUCCUUUGUCCAUCAUUAUCACUUCCCUGGGCGAUAAAUUUGAUAUUUGCCCGUUCAAUCGUUGAAAAGCGGCAAAAUUGCGUCCAUCGUUUGAAGCUUCGGUCCGUCCUCGCAAACAUCUGAAGAAUCGCCAUUGAAGUUAGGGAACUCACUAGCGCUUAGCAGCUGAGGGCCAUGAAAAAAGCAUCUGACGUAGUCCAGAGGGCAUCAGAACAAAAUGAUUAGUAACAUCGGCGCUAUUCAAACAAGGGCGACAGCACGCAACUGCAGAGAUCGGAAGCCAUCGACAUUAUCUCGCCCAGCAACUGGUUUCCCUUGCCUCGAUCGCCUAAAGCUACGCCGUCCGGACGCGAAAGUAAUUAUCAACGUUGGAGGGCGUAGAUUUGUAACGUGGAAAAACACGCUGAAACGUUUUCCUCAAACUCUCUUAGGCUCAGAGGAAUUGGCGGCGCGUUUUUAUGACCAGGACAAAAAGGAGUAUUUUAUAGAUCGGGAUCCACACUUAUUUCGCUACAUAUUAAACUAUUAUCGAUGUGGUAAACUCCAUCGCUCGUUCGAGGAUUGUAAUGCUUCGUUCGAAGAGGAACUGCUCUUUUAUGGAAUUAUGCCACAGGAAGUUCAUGAUUGUUGUUUUGAUGACGACAACGAAGACAAUAACGCUGACGAUAGUAAAAGCUCGGCGUCCGGGCCUACUUGUGAUAAAACAGAACACGUAAGAACUCGAGGUUGGAUUGGCCGCGCGCGAAACUGGACCUGGGUGUUGCUCGAAGGCCAAGCCGAAUCUGGAUUCAGAGCGUUUUUUGGUAUGGUUAUUAUUUACAUCAUAGGACUUUUCAUUAUUCUUAGCAUUUUUACCACCGUCUAUGAAACUGUUCCUUGCGAGAAUGUGGAAAAAGUUUGCGACGAACGAAUGCGAAUUCUCGAUCUUUUGGAUAUGAUUUGCGUCGGUGUUUUUACAGUGGAAUUCAGCCUCAGACUGCUGGUUUGUCCGAGUGUUUUGGAAUUUGCCAAGAACGCCAUGAACAUUAUCGAUUUUUUAUCGAUCUUACCCUUUUAUCUGACCAUUUUGCUACAAUCUGUGGUCGGGUCAAACUUAGAGGCUUUUGUAGUUCUUCGAGUUUUGAGAAUAUUCAGGGUGUUCAAGUUAACAAGACAUUCCAAACGGCUGCAAAGAUUUGGAGCUGCCAUGGCGAGCUGUGUGGGAGAUCUCGCGUCGUUGAUGUUUGUAUUGGUGAUAGCUAUCGUGGUUUUUUCCAGCAUAAUGUACUUUAUUGAACGCAAAGCAGUGGAAGGAAAGUUUACCAGCAUCCCCGAUAGUAUGUGGUACACCAUUGUGACAAUGAUUACAUUAGGGUAUGGAGACAUGGUUCCGUCAACAUUUCUGGGUCAAGUUGUUGGAGCUAUAUGUUGUGUGGCUGGUGUGAUACUCAUCGCACUCCCAAUCCCUAUUAUCCAGGAAAAAGACAUAUUCAAAAAACAAAUGCUUAGUGUUUACAAUGUGGAUGACUUGCAGGCGAAAAUUAAGCAGAUGAAAAAGAGUGUGGACAUACCCGAGCGAAGAACCUCGACGUGAUCUUAACCCAAAACGUUCUAAUGCUAGUCUCCUACGCAGACCCUUUUUAGGCUCGCUCGACACGCAAUCUUCUUCUCCCACGGGGGAGGAAGAUUGGGUGAGAUCCCAAAGAGCCUCUGCGUAGGCUACCCUAAUGCCAAUACACCAAAAUGCAAAUUCUCUUCAUGAGUUUCUAUACAUUUCCUAUAAUGUUAAGUAGGUGAAUUUGUCAACACAUCAGGAGUUGUUCAUGUUAUGUUAUGUUUGCUAGUUUCUGUGCGCUAAGUUUGUUUUCAAAACUGAAUGUUUCUCUGUAUUCUCAAUGCCAUUUUAAUCGACUACGUAAUCAUAACAACUUUUCAAUAUGGAUGUUCACUACCAGGGAUACGAUUGCCUAGUCGAUGGUGUGUUCUCGGGGAGAGACUCCGAUAUAAAAUGGUCGGGAAUGUUCGUCGGAAAAUUUGAAUUAAACCUCUAAAGGAGAUAAAUCUGGGCCUGGGUCGAGCUUUAUUUGACUCCUAAAAACUACCACUUAAAACGGAAUAAGCUCGAUUAUCAGCCGCUGUUCAGGAUAGAAGCUGGCGUUAGUAGACUGGACGCGAGAGACUGGUGGAAAUCGAGCCUAAAAACGGAAAUAAGAGGGUUUUUUUUCUAUUAUGUCUUCUAGUGCACCCUUAAAAUUACUUUGACAACUACAAGAAUAGUAGCGUUUUGUCAUGAAUACCUUGCGUGAGACCAGAAUCCUUGAUUUAUACCCCUAAGCGAUAGGACGAGCAUCCCCGACCAUUUUCAUAUGGAUGUCCCCCUCCCCAGGGCGUCUCUUGCGCAUAACAUCUCCCACAUUGCGCAAAUAGUCUAUUGAAAUUAUACACUGGAAACGUAUGAUAAUCUGUUGUUUGAUUCACAUCGUGCAACGGAAACGAAAACUGAAGCCUGACCAGACGUUUGCAGUGUUCUAUUAUGUUGAGUAUGUCAAAACACUCGCAAAAAAAGGAAUAUAGUCUAGAAAGCGGCGCAUAAACUUGGGCUAUAAUGGACUUGCCGAUGGGUUAUCAUUAUAAUUAUCAUUUAUCAGUCAUGACUGUUGCGUUGGAUAACUGGAUUUAUUUACCUGGUGGUCUGAAUAGCUCUAUUUAGCCAGCUGGUUCUUUAAAUGUUAAUGAUCAGCUAUUCAUUCGUUAAAAUACUCAUCACUGAUUCAAAGAAAAGAGAGCGGUGGUUUACUUCAACUCGUCAACUCCAGCAACUUCAAAAGCCUAGCACAGUCAUUGGAAGCCAUUUCCUGGGUUCAUUCGUAAUUUGAUUCGUAGUCACCGUUUUUCUUAUAUAAUUACCAUAAUUACUUGUACAGUCGCUUUGAGUUAGGCUCCAAUGCAUUUUAGAAAGUCUUUGUAAUAAAUGAUGUAUUUUAAGGUGGCUGUUUCCUUUUGAAUAUUGUCGCAUUUAAAUGAAGAACAUGUUCAUCAUACAUUUUAACACUUCGCGUAUGGAAUCGAGGUCAAAAAAUUAAAAUCUUCAAUUGAAAUGACGAGAUAUCUGAAAGCUGAUAUAUAAGGCAUGCGACAAAUUGCGCGCGUUAUUAGAAGAUUGCUUGCUAGUGGGACUAUGAUUUGCUAUGAGUAGUUAGAAAUAAUGAUGGAACUUCCCACGCUAGGUAAAGUUCAUUUAUUAACCAAACGCUGACGUUUAGAAAAAGAAUAAUUAAUUGCACGAAAAGGAAAGAGAGAGUUUUAGGAAAAUAGAGAAACUAUAAGAGUUAACAUAUAUUGCUUUACUGUUUCGGAAUCGUUUUGAGAAUAGUAUAUUUUCGAUUCAUUGCAAAUGUUCGUUAGUUGUGAAACUAAAAUUCGAGACAAAACACAUUGAGGUGAAGGAUUAGCUGAUUAAUGGGUAAAUUAGCCGUUAAUCUUAAGAACGUGCUUUUUUCGUCAACAAGCAAACGAGGCAGCUGGGUAAAUCUAAUAAAUGAUUUAAAAAAUUUAUGCUUCGCCUGCGAGAUAUUGUGCUCUUACUUUAGACGCAAACUGUGUGAGUGGCUAAAUAUCUUGAAGGUUAGAGGCUAGCAAUAAGGGUAUACUACAAACGUCGUUCUCCUUGGCAUUUUAAGGUUAGUUCUUAGGUGUGUUUGUAAAAGUACUUACCCUUUGCUUAACCCUUUCCCUACUUGAGAAUAUUUGUGUAGUCUGAGACAUUAAUGAAAAAGGCGUAGUCGAUAAAGAAGAAAAAGAAAAAUUAUGUAAAUGCAUGGACUGGUGUCAGUUGACUGAUCUAUACUCUCGAAAAUCAUGGAAUUGGAUACAGUUCGACUAUUAACAUUGACUGAAAUAGGUGAUUCUCUUUGCACAGUUUAAUAUCCCUGAGGUGGUUCCUUACUUUGGACAUUGUGGAUAUAGAUAACUAAGGUAACUACAAGAAAGGAAAAUGAAUAAUAUGUUCUAUUUUGGUCAAACAGAUUCAAAAACAGCAACACUUCAGACCAAAACUAGCAAAAAAAUUAUUCUAAAAUAUUAUAAAAAAUCUGAAUCAGUUAAUUAGUAGCCGUUUUGAAUACUUUUAAGGCUUAUCUGAAUUGAACCAACAACUUCGCCCAGCGGUAAAUUUGGCUCUGUACCAUUUACGGCUUGAAAAAAAAAAAAAAAA